UAGAUGAUGACAUGCAGCACUACAUGUCCAUUUUCGAUGAGAUUUCCCGGUAUAAGACCGUAAAGAUUCCCUCCAAGACAAGUGGUCACUUACUCCGGACUCCAGUGCUGCAAGUCGCAGAUUACACAGCAGCCAAUCUUUUGUCCAGCUCUUCUAUUCCAACAUAGCUCAGUAAAGUCGCCAUGGUUUCCGACACUCCACCCUUCCCGUCGCCUGUCAAGCGCUGGCAUAACACGGCUCAACCCGCUGGCAAUCCUAGCCUCGCGGCUCUCUCUCAGAAAGGCAAAUCGAUCAUGGUGACAGGUGGAGGCAUCACUGGCAUCGGAGGAGAGACAGCACGCUUCUUCGCUCGCGCAGGUGCCGCGCGCAUUGGUCUGCUUGGACGUCGUGAAGGCCCUCUACUCGAGAACAAAGCCUAUAUUGAGAAGGAAUCUCCUGGUACGAUCGUUUUCAUCCAGAGCACCGACGUCACCGAUGAGGCUUCAGUCAAUGCUGCAUUUGACAACUUCGCCAAGGAUGGCGAGAUCAACACAGUCAUUCACGCUGCUGCAGCUGUUGGGCCGAAUGAUAAUUUCGCGGAUGUCGACGGACGCGAGUUUCUCAGAGCUGUUACCGACAACCUCGAGGGUUCUUUGUGGGUUGCAAAGGCCUUUAUUCGUACAGCUGCCCCAGAUGCUCAUGUCAUCGCCAUCAACUCUUGGGGUGCUCAUUUGAGUCUCAACGAUGCCUUCGCCGCCUAUUGCGUUGCCAAGAUGGCUGUUUAUCGCUUGUGGGAUACCGUGCUUCUUGCGAAGCCAAACCUCAGUGUUUUCCAUACUCAGCCCGGCGUUGUUCUCACUGAGAUGAACCUCAAAGUCGGCGGUGCGGAUAGCUUUAAAGAUGUGAAGACUGAUGAUGUCACUCUCCCAGCAAGCUUCAAUCUCUGGCUUGCGACCCCAGAGGCCCGAUUCCUCAAAGGGAAGUUCUUGUGGUGCAACUGGGACAUCGACGAGCUCAAGUCUCGUGCCAAAGAGAUUGAGUCUAGCAGGCUACUCAACAUCGACCUUGUCGGCUGGCCAUUCGAUACUUGCACUAACUAAUCUAUGCGAAGAAUGAUCUAGAGGAUGUGAUCAAUUUGGUGGAUCACAGUCACGUAUCUUCUAGGAUGGUCGGGAGACUCUACUGUUUUGGUUUUGCACAGAAAAGGGUAUUCGGGUUCAACCUACAUUCAUGCAUAAACUUGAGAGUACGCCUUGUUGAUUUAUCCUGGAUACGUGACGGCCAAUGGGAAAUGAAGAUCAAAAAAGGCUGGUAAUAGAAAGAAGUCGCUUACAGGAUUGGAGGACGCGGCGGUGACGUCACGUCAGCGACGCUAACAUUAGGUACCAAGCAGGCCUCCAACACGCCCUGCAUGUGGAUGCCUUGAGCUACAUUAGAUUCAUCAGAACGUACAAUGAACCUGCUGUUAUAUUCGUCACUCAUUUCGCGCAAAGCGCUUUC